GCCGACGUUUCAAACAUAUAUAUUUUAUUAAAAUUAAAAUAAAAGUUGUAAUUUCUUCUCCCACAAACAAAGACAACACAAAACUGCCACAAUUUCAAUUAAAAGUUUAUAAAUUUCAAAUACCCUUUUCAUUUCUUUAGCUAUAAGAAAUCACAACUUUUUGUAAUUUUUACAAAAAAAAAAUAUGGCAGGAAGAAUCGCAGUAUCAAGAUUUAUAAAAGAAUGUUUAACAAAAAAUCUAAAAUCAACAACAACAGCAGCAGCAGCAGCUAGACAUUAUUGUUCUGCUGCUCCCAAACCAAAUGUUCCUCAUUCUUCUAGAAAGGGAAGGUUACUUACAGGAGCUACUAUUGGUAUGCUUAUAGGUGCUGGAGCUUAUGCCAGCACUGUCGACGAGGCAACAUUUAGUGGCUGGCUUUUUAAUGCAACAAAAGUUGUAAAUCCGUUCUUUGCCUUGCUGGAUCCCGAGGUUGCUCACCGUUUGGCUGUCUCUGCUGCAGCUCGAGGGUGGGUCCCUAGAGAAAAACGGACAGAUCAGCAGAUACUAGAACUUGAAGUUUGGGGAAGGAGGUUUUCUAAUCCAAUAGGGCUUUCUGCUGGAUUUGAUAAAAAUGCAGAAGCUGUUGAAGGUUUACUCGGAUUAGGUUUUGGUUUUGUGGAAGUUGGAUCCGUGACUCCUAUCCCACAAGAGGGCAAUCCAAAACCUCGUAUUUUCAGAUUGCGGGACCAAGGUGCCUUAAUUAACAGAUGUGGAUUUAAUAGCGAAGGAAUAGUUGCUGUUGCAAAACGUUUGGGUGCCCAGCAUGGUAAGAGAAAGCUAGAUGAAACUUCAAGUACUUCAACAUCUUCUAGUGAUGAAGUCAAACAUGGAGGGAAAGCUGGUCCAGGAAUUCUUGGGGUUAAUAUUGGAAAGAACAAGACCAGUGAAGAUGCUGCUGCAGAUUAUGUACAAGGCGUACAUACAUUAUCUCAAUAUGCAGACUAUUUGGUAAUUAAUAUUUCAUCACCCAAUACCCCUGGACUUCGCCAGCUUCAAGGAAGAAAACAGCUAAAGGACCUUGUUAAAAAGGUUCAAGCAGCUCGUGAUGAAAUGCAAUGGGGUGAAGAGGGUCCACCUCCAUUGCUUGUCAAAAUUGCUCCAGACUUGUCUAAGCAAGAUCUUGAAGACAUUGCAGUGGUUGCUCUUGCUCUCCGCUUGGAUGGUUUGAUUAUAUCAAAUACAACCAUUUCAAGGCCAGAAGUAGUGCAGAGCAACCCCGUGUCAAAGGAAACUGGUGGACUUAGUGGAAAGCCGCUUUUUGAUUUGUCAACCAACAUCCUAAAAGACAUGUAUAUCUUAACUAAGGGGAGAAUUCCUCUGAUUGGUUGUGGAGGUGUGAGCAGUGGCGAGGAUGCAUACAAAAAAAUAAGAGCCGGAGCAAGUCUAGUGCAGCUUUAUACAGCUUUUGCUUAUGGUGGACCAGCUCUUAUACCACAAAUAAAGGCAGAACUUGCUGAAUGUUUAGAACGGGAUGGCUUCAAGUCUGUUUAUGAGGCAGUUGGUGUAGACUGCAGAUAAUCCUGGCGAUACAUCUCAAAAUUUUUUGAUGGUUCUGUAAAGAUAUAAGUGACUGAGCUUUUGCAUCAUUGUCAUCAUAUUUAGAUCUUUGUCUUGGAACUGUAAUUUCAAGACUUCAAAAAUUUUAGAUUUUUUCUUCAUUUAUUAUAUUUUUAUAAGCAGCGAUGGUGAUACUUUUGUUAGCUGAAGGAAGUUCUUAAUUUUUGAUGAUCAACUCACCCGGAAAAUUUUUGCUAAUAACAUUGUAUUACUCUGCCUCAUAGAAACCGCAGAAUAUGAUAUAUUGCAUUUUAAUCACUAAUUUUUGAGAUCUUA